ACACAAUGGCAUGUACGUUUGUCAUGCAUGCGGAAGCUCAUAAGAAAUACACAUACAAGAGGAAAGACAGUUCUAUAAAAGCUGGAAUUCCCGAUACGUGCUACACCUUUUCGUUUGGUCAUUUUGUUCCUCGCAAUUUAUCCAACAGUUGUGCGUAUUUUUUUUACAAGAAGAUCGACAGAAGUGGAUAGUAAUUUUAAUUACUCAACCUUGUUGUUUUACAUGUGACACUGACAGCACACAUAAUAUUGUCUAGCGUCCGAUAUAAUUGUGAGCCACGGUCGACUUGACGUAAAGGCUGAGGAGAAACAUCCAGCAAGCAUGGCAAGCGACAUGGAAACUGUCGAUUUAACACGAACUUUGAAGGUGCUAUCGAAGAAUUCAAAGCGGCCACGACCCGUAAAGACAAACAUUAUACCCCCGGGAGCAAAAGAAGGAGAGAAGACUGCGUUCUUUCUUGACAAUGUCUUCACGAAAGAGGAAUGUAAGGAACUCAUUCGACGUUCUGAGGAGAAGGGGUAUGAGCAAGCCUUGGUCAACAUUGGUGGUGGGAGACAGAAGCUGAUGCUCUCGGCUCGCAACAACCAGCGCUGUUUGAUCGACUCAACUGAGCUGGUCGACGCCUUCUGGGAGAGACUAGCCGAGUUCAUUCCGCAGCCGUUUUACGGAUACAAAGCCCUAGGACUGAACGAAAGACUGCGAUUUCUGCGAUACGAUCCGGGUGAAUACUUCAAGCCGCACUUCGAUGGAAGCUAUGAGCGCAAAAAUGGAGAACACUCCAUGGUCACUGUGCAGAUUUAUCUGAACGAGGGAUUUAAAGGAGGAAGCACAACAUUUCUGCCUUAUUUCAACAGUGAUGAUGACCCGCCAGUGGAAUGUGUUCCUAAAAUUGGACGGGUUCUGAUCUUCGAACAUCGGUUGUAUCACGAAGGUUCCAUGCUGAAAGAUGGCCGAAAGUACGCCAUAAGGACGGACGUCAUGUAUAGCAGUGAGAAACAGGAUGACGUCGAACACGAAGAUCCAUAUUGCUAAAUUGGAUCCAUUAUGCAACAUCAGAAGUAUAAUGAAUUAAUAAAUAGAUAAUUGUGUAAAUAAUAAAACAAUACACAUAGUAGGGCCUACAUGUUUAUUUGUGUAUUAGUUUUUAUAAAUAAUGUAAUGAAUUAUAUUAAUCUAUUUUUUAUAUAUUUUAUAUUUUGGCCGCUUUGCUUCCUCAGUUUAGAGUUGCUUUGUUUGAUGUAUGAUUAUUAAGUUACAUUUCGUAAUAUUUUACAGCUGUCAAUUCCAGUGUAUCUUUUUCUUUGAUUCAUUUCGAUUUCCAUUUUCUGGAAAACUUGUUCUUUUGAAAAUUUAGUCGUUCAUAUUUAUUACGGUUAGAGUUCGUGGUUUUGGGGGCCCAAACAUGAUGCGACAAACUAAAAGUUGAAAGUCGACCCAAUGGUACUAAUUUGUAUCACGCAGCUGCCUAACUAGAGUUAAGCUGCUAAGGGGAACCUGGGGAUGCACCAAAUUUUAGGGGGGGGGGGCACUGAGGGCAACGUAUAUUGUUUGUGUGCAAUGCAGGAAUUUAAAUGGGGGGGGGGGGGGACCCGGGGGUACCUUCCCCCACGUCACUUGACCCAUGUAACUAUGGGGCUGACUUUUAUGACAUUAAUGCUCUGUGUACAUAUUUCAUAGAAGCAAACUUCUUGAGAAUCUAAUCAAGGCUUCAGGCAAAAACAAUUGCGAUUUGCAUGCGGGUUUAUUCUGUCAUGCAGGUUUAUGUAAAUGUUGGACGCCAUAGCAACCAUUGUUUACUGUUGCGUGUGAUCGUUAUGAUUACAAACAACAUGCUUCCCAAUCUUCAUUUCAAGACACACAACUGAGGAGUAAAUUAGCUGGUUUAUAUGCACUGUUUUUAUUUUCGAAUUAAAUACCGUUAAAUUUCGAAUAAACGUU